ACGGCGCUGCCAUUCAUGCCUUCAUGCGGCUUUAGAGCUUUGGGCAUUGGGAAGGUAUUUUAGUCGAAGCCAUGUGUUGGGCGAAGAAAUUGAACGUUGCUUCAAGUAUUCUCUUCGUUUCUUUUCGUAUGCAUAUUUUCUAGUUGUACUACAUGAAUUGAGUGAACAUUUAAUGAAAAUGAUAAAAGCGAAGUGCACAUGGAAAGUACAGGGUGAUCGCCCAGUCUCCGAUGCGAUUGUGCAUUUUGAAAACGACGAAAGCAUUGAUCUUGAAGAUGCUAUCUCAGCAGAGAACUGUGUUCAGCUGGAAGCUCCCAUGGAUGACGACAUUGCUGGAAACUACAUUGUUCCUGCAUGUCAGAUUUUCUUGUUUUGCAUUGAAAGCCGUCAGAUCAGCAGCAUUUCAAUUCUUUCCGAAGCACGAGUUAUCGAGGUGUAUGGCUAUCAUGGUGAAUACCUCAGCACUAUGAAGAAUGAACUCAUGGAGGAAGUAGAUGGUCUAUCAGUAUUUCGAGGGGACCUGAACCUUGAACGUCCCGUAAAGGAAUGCUGUCUUAAGUUCAUGCCGUUGAAGUCGAAGGAAUCUAUGUGGCUGUAUGGCAUCAAAAUUGUGCUUCAGCAGAAGGGUCGUACUACCCUCCCUGGUAUGUUCCCACCAAACAUACCAAUGAAGGAAGUGGAAGAGCGACUGAACUCCUCUCAUACUCAGAUCAGCGAUAAGGCUGAAGCAUUCAAAAAGCUGAUGGAAACAUUUCAGGGGGCAAGCCCUUAUAUGCCUAUGAUGCAGCAAACAGUUCCAGGCCUUGCAUUUCAGGCACAACCACAAGUCCAGUUCCCACAAAGUGUUAAUGUUACACAGCUCUUAGGACUUCUUCAGGGAAUGGUGCCACCAGCUGCAAUACAGCCUGCUCAAAAUAAUACAUUCGACCUUGUGCAGCAGAUAGCUGCUUUAAAGCCAGAGAUGGUACAGGAACUGUAUAAACAUAUGCCUGUGCAACAUCAAGCUCAACAAAUGCCUCAGGCAACAGCACCAGUGCAAGAUCAAAAUCAAGAGGCUGCACUGACUACAUUGGCAGAGCUUAUCAGAACAUCGAAAAUAGCGGAACCUCCUUCAGCCCCAGUCCAAAGUCCAGCAGCACCAGUGAAGACAGCAGAAGGAUUUCCCCUUCCUGUGAGCAAUGAAGUCAUCAUGGAAUACCUUGCAAAAUCAGAACUGUUAAGCAAAGAGAGUAUAACAGCUAUUCUGACAGAUAUUGUUAAGAAAAGUGGAUCUGAAUUUCACCUUCAUAAGACUCUUGGAGAUGCUGAAAAACCUGAUAGAAUUCAAGAUGAUGUCAUACAGAAAUAUGCACAAGCACAGCCACAGUCGAUGUUAGACGGCGAGAAGGAAGCUGAUACUAACAUACUGGUGAAACCAGAAGUGAUGAAUAGUGCGGCAGCACUACCACAUAAAGAAGUGUUACCAGAACCAUCUCAUCCACCUGUGACAGCAGCAGUUCAGACAGUUACAGAAGAACUUGUAGACAGUGCUUGCCAGACAGAACCUAUGCAGGAAGAGGGCUCAGCAGCAACUCCUCAGGUCACUCAGGAGAUGGUCUUAGAUGUGCUCAAAGGUGACCUUGAAACAUUGUUUGAAAAGAUGAGCAAGGCAGCACAAGAACAACUACUGAAUCUACUGGGAGGACAUAUGGAAGAACUAAAGCAACAAGUAGUAGAAAAGGUGGAAGUCAAGAUUCAGGAAAUGGAGGAGAGGGUCAAUGCCCGUUUUGAUGCAAUCAUCGACGCCCUUCAGGGACAAGAGGAGGAGGAAGAGAUUUUUGAGCAGACAGAAGAGGGGUCAUCUGUAUAAGGGCUCCUUAUUUAUUUAUUUAUGUUGUUAUACAAACCGCUUAGGAGAUUUACGAAUAGCAAUGUGAGGUCUAUGCAAAAUAAAUGCUUUUAAUGCCCGUAAAAUAAGUGAAAAGAU